AUGGUGGUGCAGUCAGUGGUUCGACUGUUCCUCCCUCCCGAAUUCCAGGGCUUCCUCUUCUCUAAGAUUCACGGCUUCUUCUGUUGCUUCUGCAACGAAAUGACCAUGGUCAUCGGACAGUACGAUGGGUACAGCCAAAACGACCUCUUCGGGGCCGCCCAGGUUCUCCUGGCCACCAAGCAAUCCCUUUCGAUGCAGCGCGUGCAAGUGAUCAAGUCCCCGAAGGAGAACCACUUCACUCUGGCUAUGGACCAGAAUCAAAUGCCGGUGGAUACGUUUCACGGGGUCAAACUCAAUUGGGUUUUCGUGUUGAGACAGGUCGACUCGGGCCACCAAGUCCAUCAAGGCUCCACGGUUCAGCACGAAGUUCAGCACUUCGAGCUUAGUUUUCACAAGAAAAACAGGGAGAUCGUGGUCAAAUCCUAUCUGCCUUUCCUCAUCGACGAGGCCAAGUCCAUAAAGCAGGGGAACAAGAGGCUGAAGCUAUGCACUCCGGGUUCCAACGCCAAUUAUCUUUAA